UUCAGGAUGAUGGUGAGGGAGGAGGAGAAGAAGAGGAGGAAGGUCAGGACGCGUUCGGAGGUGGAGCUGGAGAACUUCCUGCUGCGCCGGGAGCUGGACGAGCUGAGGGAGUGUGGCAUGAAGUUCCGGGCCUCGCCGGCGCCCGCCCACACUCGCCUGCCGCUCUACGACGUCAUCAGCCGACGCCUCAGCCAGCGGCCUGGUUACCAUCCCGGUAACCACAGAGUUAACUUCGGUAAUUAUCAGUGUGUCACGGUCAGCGGUGGCAACCAGCGGGCCUCCUCCUGCUCACCCCAGAGACCGUUCAGCUUCCUGGAGAGAGAGAGGAGGAAGAGGGAGCAGAGGAUUGAAGUGGAACUGGGGAACCUGGUGGCCAAAGAGGAGAGGAGGGCAUUCAAGGCCAGGCCAGUGCCCAGGUCUGUGUACUACAGCCACAGCGCCACCCACAGGCAGCAGAGCAAAGUGCAGCAGCAGCUGACGAGUCAGAAGAAAGUGAAGAAUAUGACCCACCAACACAGCACGCGAUCUACACCAGGCUUGCGGGCCGAGGGUCCAGGAGAGAAGAGGGGGGACACAGAGGAGGGCGAGGACCAGGGCCUAACGCUUGUGGAGAAAGAGAAGAGUUUUCGCCUAAAAAAGGAGGGACUCCCGUCCUACGACAGCAAUAGUUACUGGCGGUCUCAGAGCCGGAGCAGGCGUCCGUCGAUCAAGAUGGGGACGGGGGGACCUAGGAAGCAGCUUGAGCUCCAGAUAGACAUGGAGUCGGAGAGGAGGAAGGAUAGAGAGAGGGAGUUGUCUUACAUCGACCCACUCUGUACCCCUGGCAGCCCCAACAACCUAUGUUCGUCUCUCGUCAGUCAGGAGGACCUCCCUCUCCCAGCAGGCAAAACAGACUACAUCAGUGUGUGUAACAGCCGUGAUCAAGUCAUCGAAAGUGUUCUGUAAAGGGUUCAUUCAUUUUGGUCCAAGUCAAGACCUGUAUCAAGUGUUCUGUAAAGGGUUCAUUCAUUUUGGUCCAAGUCAAGACCUGUAUCAAGUGUUCUGUAAAGGGCUCAUUCAUUUUGGUCAAAGUCAAGACCUGCAUCCUCUACCACUAAACAUGUUAACUCCUGUCUCUCUGGGUCAUCCUUUACGUGUACAGAGCCUUCAGAAAGCAUUCAUAUCACUUGACUUAUUCCACAUUUUGUUG